UGGAAGCUCCACCCACAAGCGUUUAUGCGCAUGUUCUUCUGGCUGGCAAGCCCCCUGGCUAGGCGUCGUCAUGGAGGACGCUGAGGUCCCGGGGCAGGCCGAGGGAGGUGUGGAAAGUAGCGGAGUGCCGCCGGCGGCUGGCCGAGGAGGAGCCCUGGUAGAGCGUACACCGACUCCCGGUGGCCUGGCUCUGGUGAGUCCCUACCACACCCACCGGGUCGGGGACCCGCUAGACCUCGUGGCGCUCGCAGAGCAGGUCCAGAAGGCUGAUGAAUUCAUCCGAGCAAAUGCCACCAACAAGUUGACAGUCAUAGCUGAACAAGUCCAACAUUUGCAAGAACAAGCCAGAAAGGUUCUGGAAGAUGCCCGUAGAGAUGCUGACUUGCACCACGUAGCUUGUAACAUGGUGAAAAAACCUGGCAAUAUUUACUAUCUUUAUCAACGGGAAAGUGGCCAGCAGUACUUUUCCAUUAUUUCUCCAAAGGAAUGGGGAGCGAAUUGUCCACAUGACUUCCUUGGUGCGUACAAGCUACAGCAUGAUUUAUCCUGGACUCCAUAUGAGGACAUUGAGAAACAAGAUGCUAAAAUCAGCAUAAUGGACAAGCUGCUAAACCAGCCAGUAGCUCUUCCCCCUUGUACUGAACCCAUCUUCCAGGGACUGAGUCACUGAAUGGGGACCCUGACCAGCGGCUCUCACAGGGCCCAAACAUCACCUCCUUGUUGCCCGAGUCUCUGCCUUGCUGGAAGUGGUCAUGAGAUUCACAUAGGUGAAUCUUGGAAUGAUGCCCUGUGAAUGUAAAUCCUGUUGUUACUGCUUUUAGUUAGGGUGAUAAGGAAUCACAGCAGUCUUUUUUUUCCUCUCAGGGCCACUGCAGCUAGUCAGUUGCAGAGGACUGGCCAGUCAAUUUUUCUUCAUCUUCAGCUAUUCUUCUCUUAAGCCCGUGUUAAAGAAGACUCUUCUUCCCACAGAAAGCUUGGUGAAUCAUUUUGCAGAAGGACCUGUUGUAAGUUUUGUUUCAGGUUAGAGUUGAGCUGUUUGAUAGUUGGGGUGCCUCCAGCUUCAUCUGGUAACUGAAUGUUGGCUAUUGGAGGAUGAUUAAAAAAGGAAACAUGGCUGGAUAAGAGUGUUGCUGCUUCUGGAGUGUCUGCUGCUGAGGUCUGGCUUGCCUUUCUGCCCAUUCUGCAUGGUGAGAAUGGCUGGAAAAUCAGAGGCAGCAGCAAAAGCUGGGUUUGGGAAAGUCACCUCUAAACUCAUGUCGAUUUAGAAUUGAAAGGGGUAUAGAUGACUGUCAUGAACUGUUGCAUGAAUUUACUUUGUAGCCUCAUUGAGGGAGAGAUUCUGAGUUCUGCUGCCCAAGCAGAUCAAAUCUAUUAAAUGGCAACUUAAGUAAUCGUGGAAGAGAAUACAGGGGAGUAGGAGUAAGACAGAAGGAGAACAGCCAACCUAUUGAUUAUGAAUUAUAUAGAUUAAAAGUUACAUUGACCAGAAUAAUUCAAGAACUGAACAGGGGAUAUUGAGCUAAUUUAGUUCUGAUUCUGAGUGGGUUCUUGUAGGACCCAUUUUAUUUCCUGUUUGUUCUGCAGAAUUAACUACAUUUAUAGCAUCAGUGAUGCUGUCCUUCCUUCAGGGCUGUAUUGCCUAUUAUAAUUAAAAGGAGUAAGAUGUGCAUUUA